AUGGCGUCACCCUUCCUCUCUCCAUACGCAGUUGGCGAACCAGACACCGACCCGCUCCUUAUCAUCGUCCGCUUUUCCGCCUCAAUCCCCGACCUCCAACUAGACGUCCAAGAGCCCGAGAUCACAACAGGCGCGGGCGUUAAGCAACUAAUCCGAGCCGAACUCCCAAAGCCCCUAUCAUCCCACCGACUGCGCCUCAUCUACGCCGGCCGGGGUCUCGAAGACACAACCCCAUUGACAGUCUCACUAAAGCUCCCGCCAUUACCAAGCCGGAGCCCUCGCCCCGCAGCAGACCAACCAGAGACACCAGGCGACAAUGGGAAAGGCAAGCAAGCGGUGCGCGAUACUCGCCCACGCCUCUACAUCCACUGCUCGAUCGGCGACAUCGCACUCUCAGAGUCCGACCUAGCCAACGAAGCAAGCGUAUCAUCAACAGUCCUUCUGCAACAGAAGCAACAGAGAGCCAAUGCAGGCAAGAAAUCUCCAGCGAAGGAUGUCUCAUCUCUACUCCCAACAUCUGCGCAACCGAGCCAACCCCAAACCCAGCCAACUACCACCACACCCGCACCCCGCGGCUUCGACCGCCUCCUCUCGGCGGGCUUUACAGCGGCUGAGGUCACCGCUCUGCGCUCCCAGUUUCUAGCCAUGCAGUCCGUUUCCCGGACGCCGGAUACUAUGCCUACUGGCAAUCAGCUGCGGGAUCUUGAGGACCGCUGGAUGGACGAGGGGUCGACGGUGGCGCAGGCUCAGGGUGGUCUUGGUGGCAUGGGUGUUGGGGCUGGGGAUGAUGAGGGCGGGAUUGGCUCUGGAUCGCGCGGGGCGAUGGAUGAUAUGCUUUGGGGGGCUGUUAUGGGGUUCUUUUGGCCUGUUGGUUGUGCGAUGUGGUUGCGUAGGGAGGAGGGGGUUUGGAGUUGGAGGAAAGGGGUUGCUGUUUGUGUGGGUGUUAUUGUUAAUGCUGUCUUUGGGGCAAUGAGGAUUAUGAACUAA